AUGGACGCAGACCCGGGCGGUCCGGCCAUGUGCCCCUCGCCUCGCGGCCGGCGGCGCAGCGUCGAGGGAGUCUUCGACACGAAGGACAGCAGCACCAGCGGCGGCGGCAGCAACCCCGACGGCACAACAACCCGGCUUCUGGAGUCACCCUCCCGCCCCCCGCGGCUCAUGGCCGUCGGUAACAACGGCGUGGCCGUUGUGGGCGGCGGCGUGGGCGGCGGCGUUGGUACGUGCUUCUCCCCCCUGGUGUCUUACCCGAGCUCGCACGGGGACAGGGCCAGCGGCGGGCGCGAGUACCCGCUGCGGUCGCAGGCGCACGACAAGUUUUCCGUCACGCCGUCGGCCAACGCCAACGCCAUGGGCCGGCCCCCGAGCCCGUUCCCGCCGUCCCCCGGGCGGGAGUACCGGAGAGCCGGGGGCGUUCUCUCGCGCGGGUCGACACACUCGCCGUCGCCGAGGAGGGCGCCUCCGUCCCCGGCCCACGCGCCCGGGAGCGCGGGGAUGAGGCGGAGGGGCACCCGACGACUGAGCGGCGGCCGAUCGGCUCCCAGAGGCGUGCGGUCGAGGCCCGGGGUCAGCAAAGGCGUGUACGUUGGCGCAGGCGGCGCAGGCGCAGGCGCAGGCGGCGCAGGCGCAGGCGCAGGCGCCGGCGGUGGGGUGGUUGGGGGUGAGGGCUUCGGGAGCGGUGGCGGCGGUGGCGGUGGUGGAGGGGGAGGAGGGGGUGCAGGGAGCGGGACGUACGAGUCGGACUACGACUCGGACUUGUCCGAGAUGAGCGCGUACAGCAACUACAGCGCGAUGGGGUCGCUGGAGAGGCAGCUGCAGCAGGACACGUUCUUCGAGCUGGACGAGUCGCUGUGGCGGGUGGUGACUCGGCGUGAGAUCUGCAAGGCGGAGCAGUGUGUGUACAGGAACCCGCAGACGAUGGUGUCCCACCGCAAGCACUACCACGCCACGUGCUCCCAUGUCCACCAGGAGGGUGUCAAGAAGGGCAUGCGAUUCCAUCACCACCAACUAGAGAAGGUCAAGAAGCACCAGAGAAGCCACUGCAGCAACCAGGCGCGAGUGCCGCGGGAUCAGGGCAUAGCCUCCUCGCCUUCGCCCUCACCGUCCAUGGGCGUCUCGAGACCACGCGGCCUGGACAAUCAGUCUCCAAGGGAGGGCAUGAGCUCGGGAGGGGAGGAUGACGAAGAGGAGCCGUGGUCAGCGCGUGAGGUGGAGCUGCUUGAGGCACUCGUGCGCAACUUCGGUUCCGGACGGUGGGACGAAGUCUCCGUGCACUUCAACAACAGGUCUCCCACCCAGUGCGCCAGAAAGUGGGCCCUGGGGGGUACUCGCCCGCCCUAUCCCACGGUGCCCCCCUCCGAGCUCUCCCGGAACAACAGCAGCUGCAGCAGCAACAGCGCGGCCACCUCGACGACGCCCGGCCACAACGGCGCCGGCGCCGGCGGGGGCGCCGCGCUGGUGGCGGCGGCGGGUAGCCCGGCCGGAGGGGUGAGCUACCGCUGGGGCGUGCCCGUCGCGGAGCAUCACCACCACCACCACCACCUCCAGCACCACGACAGGAUGCCUCCCUUGAUGGCGCCAGCAGAUGACGCCGCGCUCGGAGCCGCCGUCGCGGCGGCGGCGGCGGCGGUGGCGGCGACCGCGUCGCAGCCGGAGGCGAGGGGGCCUGCCGCCGCGCGCGGCGUCUUGCAGCAGCGGGGAUACCCGUCCCCGACGCAGCCUUCCCCCUUGCUGCUGCAGAGGAAGGGCAGUAGCAGCAGCAGCGGCACGAUGACGCCCGGCAGCGGCGGGGGAGGCAGCGGGGCCCUGCCGUUUGGAUCCCCGGGCGGGGUGGGGGUAGCCACGGGGUCAACGGGGAGGGGGCCGAAGGGGGUCGGCUCCUGGACGAAGGACGAGGAUGAUCGCCUCAACGCUCUCGUGGGCAUAUUCGGCGUCAAGUGGUCCCAGAUCUCCGACCACAUGCCCGGGAGGGUCGGCAAGCAGUGCCGCGAGCGUUACCUGAACCACCUAGACCCAAGUCUCCGUCACGGACCGUGGACCGAGGAAGAGGAGCGGCUGCUGCUGUCCCUGCACGCUCGUCUCAACAACCAGUGGGCGGAGAUCGCGCGUCAGAUUCCAGGUCGCAGCGACAACGACGUGAAGAACCGUUGGAACCUCGUCUGCCGGAGGGAGCGCGCCGCCGAGAAAAACCUACACCGCGCCGGCUCCAGCGGCUCCGCCACCAGCGCGGCCUCGGUGCCGCCGCUGCCGGUGUCGGCGACGGCAAGCGGCGGCGCCCCGCCUCGGCACGGCCGGACGCUGUCGUCGGGGACGGCGGAAACGGCGGCGGCGGCGGCCGUGAUGCUCGGUGGGCGGCCUCCCUCGCUUGAGCGCCGGGGGCAGCGCGGCGGUGGUGAUGGCAGCGAUGGCGGUGGCGGUGGCGGCGGAGAGAGCCGCUCGCUGCCUCCGUCGCGCGCGGUGUCGUCGGAGGAGGAGCAGCGGUCGAUGAUGGAGGCGAGGGAGGCGGCUGAGGCGGGGGCGGGCCUGGUGAAGUUGUCCUUGACAGCAGCAUCUACCGCUCGAGCCGCGCUGGAGCGCAGCAACUUCGAGACGGGCAGGGCAGGGGCCGGCAUCGGCGGCGGCAGCAGUGGUGGUGGUGCCAUGGAAAGACGCCCCCCGACGUCUCCCAUCUCCCCCCGUUCCGCCAGGCGGUCCGCGGAGCCCCAGCAGCAGUCGCCGCGCCACCGCCAGUCACACGGUCCCGUCCCGGUGGUCUCGCCGCGUUUUUCUCGGGCUGGACAGCAACACCAGCACCAGCAGCGGCAGCAACCACAGGAGACUUCCUCUAGCGGCAGAGCGUUGUCGUCGCCGUCCGCGUCCCCGCCUGCCGGUGGUGGCGGUGGGCCGUCAUCGCCCCGCUACGGCAGGCACGAGAUGGCCCCGCGUAGGACGCCGCCCCUCCCGAGCCAACGGGGGCUCAGCGGCGUGGGUGGGGGGGGUUCCGCCGCCGCCGCCGGCGGUGGUCCCCCCCCCAGGUCCCCUCGUUCCCCCCGAUCUGCGUACUCCCCGCCGCGGGGUGGCGGCGGCGGCGGUCCGGUGGGGCACCAUCACCACCGUCAGCAGCAGGAGCAGCCGUUGGCGAUUCCGCGGUCUCCGGCUAGCGAGAACUUUCGGAACAGCGGCGGCGGAGGCGGAGGGUCUUCGUCUUGUUCCCCCGGGGUGCGUAGAAGGCAGCAGCAGCGGCCGCCCCCGCAGGGGAUGGCGCCGGAGGACGCUGACGCUAGGCGGGCGGCGGUGGCGGCCAGGAUGGCGUCGAACGGAGGGGUGGCUGCCUGGGCGUGGGGCGGGCGGGCUUAG